CCGAUCGUCCAAAAUUAGAAAUCAUCCUGAAAACAAGGCUCCUACAACAACAUCCAAAAUACCAAAAAAACAGAAAAGAACCAAACAAAUCAUCAGCUUCAUCGUCAUAGCCAUCGUCAUCAUCAGCGUUUAGUGUUGUUGUACCACCACCACAACCACAACCACCUCCUACUCCUCGUCCUUGCCUGCCGUCAUCAUGGCCACAAUUAAUUCGGUUACGAAAAGUAUUCACUUGCCAUUGACCACAAGUCUGUCGUCUGCGCCCCGUGUGCUAAUGUGUAGUGCUUCUGUGGGCACUGAGGCUUCAGUGACACUGCAUUUGCGCGAUGUUUCAAGAGAUGAUUCCAAUCAAUCCUCAGCAUCAUCAACAACCGCAUUGGCCGCAUCACAUCACUACAUCAGCAAUCACGGAGGAGCAGCAGGCAACGCAUCGGCAGCAGCAGCUACAACGACAGCAACUGCAGCAGCAACACUGGAUAAUGCAUUAACCAUUGGCUAUCCCGAUCCAGAAAUGUUGGCCGAUGUCCUGGGCACAUUACAAACAGCAUCUUUGAAAAAUACAAAUGCCAAUGGCGAUAAUACAAAAUUGAAUGCCUCCAAAGUGAACAAUACCAGCGAUACAAUAAUCCAUACCAGUUUAAAUAGUUCUUUGAAAAAUCGCAUAACCAUCAGUAAACGCAGCUCCUCCAACAAUGUAACCAAUAUCAGCAACAGCAGCAACGGCUCUGGCCCCAAAGAUUAUCCCAAAGGAAGUGCGGCGGCAUCGUCGUCAGCCACCUCGGUACAAACGGUAUCAACGUCCACCAAUACCGGCACAACUACUGUGAAUAAGACCAACAGCUAUAUUAAAAAUUGCCUCAUACGCAGCAGCAGUUGCAGUAAUACUACCAACAUCACUUCCCUGGCUCAGAUAAUGAGCAAUAGUAGUACAAGCAGCAGCAGCAACAGUAACAACAACAACAAUAACAGCAACAACUCUUUGAAUUCCCUUAGCAACAACAAUAACAACGGUACCAUUGGCAGCACUUGCAACGGCACCGGUAGUCUAAUACAACAGCUUAACAGUGUUGGUAGCAGCAAUUGCAAUACCCCCAGCAACAAUAGUUGCAGCAACAGCAAUUUCAGCUCCAGCAGCAACGAUAGUUGUUUUAGUUACAGCAGCAAUAGCAGCAGUGGUAAUUCUUUGGCCCGCAGCAUUACAUCGCUGAGUCACGGUACAAGAAAAGUUCCUGGUCCAUUGGCAACAUCGCCGACAACAGCGCAAGCAACAACUAAUACGGCAACAUCAACAACUAAUAAUCCACCGAAAAUCUUAAAGAAGAGUCGCACAAAGAUAUCGGCGCCAAGUCGUCACGGACCACAGCAGUGUCAGAUAUGUAAUAAAAUUUUUGGAAAUGCAUCAGCGUUGGCCAAACACAAACUGACGCAUAGUGACGAGCGGAAGUAUGUUUGUGUUAUGUGCUCCAAGGCAUUUAAGCGACAAGAUCACUUAAAUGGGCAUAUGAUGACACAUCGGAACAAAAAGCCAUACGAAUGUAAAGCAGAAGGUUGUGGCAAAUCAUACUGUGACGCACGUUCCCUACGUAGACAUACCGAAAAUCAUCACGCGGGCAUUAUAACACCACACCAAAAUCAAACCUUAUCGGCGGCUGCAACAACCAACAAUAAUUCCAAUUCCAAUCUUAGUUUAUCACCAGCAACAGCUAAUGGCGAUGCCAGUUCACCAGAUGGUGCCACCUGCCUAGGAACUUAUCUCUCAAAUGGAGGCACAGUGGUAGAUGCCGCCACUGGUCUAGCUCUUACUGAAGAAGAAUUAAAAGCUUUAAAUGUCCCACUGAAAACAACCGGAGUAACACUUUUGUCACCCACCUCGAAUUCGACCUCAUCAACAAUGUCCUCGACCAGCAGCAUAACAUCGGGGGCACCAGCAGGAGCCACCAUUACCUUGACAGAUAACAGUGGCAAUUUAGAAGGAGAUGGUCUGACACGUGAACAAUUGGAUUUGAUCAGUAAAAUUAUGCGACAAACCAAACAGACAACGGCACAGGUGACCGUAUCCUCACCCACUAGUUCCCAAUCCUAUAAAAUCGAUACAAAUCCCCAACCUCAAAUGUCGGCAGGAGGUGGCCAAGUUCAGACACCCAGACCGAGAACAUGGAAUAUGCAAUUGCUUAAUUCCUCACAAAAUGUUGCCAUUACGGUGGAUGAAAUUCCCCACGAUACUGGCGGUGGCGGUAGCAGUCAAGAAACCCCACCCGUAGUCACAGCUAAGGUGAAGGAGGAAGAAAUCGAGUUGGAUCUUAAUAAUGCCAUGAAUCCCAAUCUCUUUAACUUGGUCAAAAUCGAUCAAAAACCUGUGGAGUGUAAUUUAUGUCAUCGCAAAUUCAAAAACGUACCCGCCCUCAAUGGCCAUAUGCGUUUGCAUGGUGGCUAUUUUAAGAAGGAUCCCGAAACCAAGAAAAAUGAGAAAAAGGAAAACAAUGGACCACCCCUACAGACGGCAAGCAUAGGGGUUAGGGCCUUGAUAGAGGAGAAAAUUAUUAGCAAGCGUAGCAAGGAUUUGAAUAAGGGAGCCUUUGUAGUACCAGCACCACCCUCAAACAAUUCGGCUCAAAACAAUCCCACAACCCAUAUACGACGCUCAAUUAGCGAUUUAGAUAGUUUUCUAAAUCCCAAACAAAGUGUCAGCAACUCGAAUGGGUCCCAGCAACAAACACAGAAUUCCAAUCAAGCCAUGGCUACGACAUCCACAAUCAAAAAUGCCACCAAAACCUAUAUACAGGUGCAGGAUAUGAAUUUGCCCCAAAGCAUAGAGAUUUACAGCACUAAACAGCACCAGCAGCAGCAACAACAACAACAGCAGCAACAAAAGACAAUGACUAAUAUAGGUGUGGGUACCAACACCUCGUCCACAACGACCUCUGCGGUCACGUCCAAUUCAACGAAAGCCUUGGCAGUCAAUAGCUCCCAGGCAUCAAUAUCUGUGUCAACAGCAGCAGCAGCAACAACGAUAAAUACAACGACAACCCGUUCCACAUCGACAGACCCCAAGGAUUCGACCCUUAUUGAACUGUUGAAGCGUGGCACACGCAUAGCAGUCACUCAGAAACAGACAAAUCCUAAUGUUCCCUUGGGUGGGGUGUCCCGUCAAAUCAUUACCAAUAAAAAUAACUGCAGUGUCAUAAUACCCUCAGAGGUUCAGGUGGUUUCGACCAAGGGCAAAUUAAAGAAACCCCUCGAAACGGAACAUUUGCAAAUCGGCAAUGCCACCAAUGUUACCCUGGCCGAUGGUACACCUCUAUCGUUGACCAUAGCCCAAGGUACGGACAGCAACAGUGAGGUGUAUACAGUGACUUACACUAGUGAUGGCAGUGGCCUCUUUGGAGACUCGGAGGUCUAUAAUGUGGGUGAGGCGGAGAUGUUGCUGCAGACUGUGGAUACCAUGCAGCUGCUAAGUGAAGCCGGAGAACCGUUGAAAGCGAACGACACCAACUCAGCAACCUCUGAACAUUCCGAACAAUUUGAGAUCAUCGAUGUCAAGAUGGAAAACGGUAAUGCCGGCAGCAUUGAGCAGCAGACGCAGCAGCAUCAGAAUAGCUGUCAAACCACCCAAACUCUUCCCAAUUUCCAACAUUUCCAUUCCAAAGAACUCAUCAUACAGAAUUCAGCUCUUAGCCAAAAUAAUUUGAGGGCCCACAGUCUGAAUCUGCCCGCUGGUGGAGGAGAUCUGAAACAUCAACAGUUUGCCUCCAGCCUUAGUUCACCCUUACACUCACCACUGGCCUAUCCCACACCGCCCAGCAGCCAUGAAAAUGUCACUCAAACCUCGCCCUACAUUGAGGACACCCACCAUUUUAGUGAUAACCAGAAUAUUUUCUUCAAUGAAUCCCUGUUGAAUAGCAGCGGCAGCAGUGUGCACAACGAAGAGUCGGACAGUGAUAAAAUUUUAAAAUUAAAAAGUGUUCUGGAGGAUCAUUCCUUUGAUGCCAACAUCAAGGUGGAGGACCUUUUAAGUGGCUCGGGGGGACCCGAUACUGAAUGUGACCUAAGGGAAUUUGCCGAAGCCAAUCUCUCAUUUCUGGAUGAGGAUCAAGAGUUUCUCAAUGAUUCGCGCAAUGCCACCUCCCCACUCUCCGAAUCCUUUUUCACCAGCGGCAUAGGCUCAGCCGAAGAAGUAAAGGAGGUUUUGAGAGAGGUGCUCACCGAGGAUCAGAUCAAUUUGAACUGUGAAAGUCAACAGGAGAAUAUCAUAGAUUUGUAUUACCUGCCCGGUUUGAGUCUGCAGUCGCAAAUGAUGCCCAACUCCGAGGAUCCCCUACUCUCAUCGUCGCCCAGAGACUUUGGGGGACAAUUGAAGAUAAUCAAUUCCAUGCAGCAACAACAACAGCAGCAGCAACAGCAACAAAUCCAACACAUUCCUCAGCAACAACAGCUGCAACAACAACAGCAGUUGUUGCAACAAAAUCUUAUUUUCCCCCAAACACCAGCGAAUCCAACUACCAGCCAAAGUCAACAGCCCAGCCACCUGAAGCUGGCCUUGGACUCUGCCCCACAGGUGUCCACCAGCGAAAUGAAUCAAUUGAUAUUGAAUCUACCCUCGAAUGGCUUGGUCACCAACCCGAAUGCGACAACAACGAUUCACUACAAUGUACAAACAAUACCACCACAAGUACAAAACUCACAAAAUCCUUCUUCCCAGACAUCCCAACAACACCACCACCAGCAUCAGCAGCAGACGCAGCAAUUUAUGGCUUCUUCCACCACAAACAACAACCCGACGAACACCUCCAAUCAUCUAAACUCUCUUAAUGAGGCCUUAAUGCAACCGAUAAUAUAUGCCACCAGUGGUACCACCGACAAAGUUGAAAUUAAAUUAGAACAGAACCCCGAUAACAAUCCCAGUAUAUUGCUGCAACAACAACAACAACAACAGACAACCAACAAACUAGUCAAGAAUCAGUCAAGUUACCAUCAACCCGCCAACUCAAAUGUGCACUCGCUACAACCAUUGUCGAAUCAGACAAAUUCAAUACUUAAAAGACGCUUGAAAGCCGGUGGUCAUCAUUCAUUUGUGGACUCAUCCUCCGCGGGCCAGCCUGCCUAUUCCAAAUAUCAGGCUCUGUCGCCAUAUAAAUCGAAAUUACGCAAACCCUCGCGCACUCAUUACACUCCCUCACCCAUACUCAAUCCAGAGCGUAAGGGUAGCGGUUUAUAUUGCAAUGUGCUCAAGCAAUUGGGUUGUUCCCUCUUGACUUUUGAUAAUUUCGAUGAUUUCGAUGAUGAUCCCGUGGGUUUAGUGGACUUUUCCGAUGAGUCUAAGGUGAAUUUGGGUUCAGCAUAUCAAGCCUCAAUACCUGCCCUCAAUGAACGCCAAAACAUGGAUGAGAUGGAAGAAACGCCCACCUCAGAUUUGAUGUGGAACCCCGAUUGCCAGAGUGAUGAGAAGAUUUUAAUGCGUUUCAUUGAUUUGAGUAAAUCAUCUGCCGUGCCCUUGGGCAGCCAUACAGAAGAGGUGGCCCUCAAAACCCUAUUGGAGGCUCAAGGAAAUACCGCCACAGCUGUUCUAAGUCUUUUGCAAAAACAAUCGAACUCAUUCCAAAUGAAAUGGUCAUCACAGGAAUUGGAAUGUUUCCUCAAGGGAUUGGAGAGGCAUGGCAAAGAGUUUAGUAGAAUUUCCAAAGAGCUCGGAACGAAAUCCACAGGUGAAUGUGUACAAAUGUAUUAUUUCUGGAAAAAAUUAUGUGUGGACUAUAAAGUGACCCACCUGAAAACAGAAACACCUCCCCAAACGAAUCAUCAUGCAGCCGAUCCCAAGCCCUAUGUAUGUGAAAUUCCCGAUUGUUCAGCGAGCUUUUCAUCAAAAGCCGCCCUGCAUGGUCAUACUCGCAUACAUACCUACGGUCGCAAUCUGCAAAGCCAACAUAAUAACAGUAACAAUAAUAGUAACAACAACAGUAGCAACAGCAACAACAGCCAACAUGCUAGCACCUCCAAUAAUAGCACCACUAAUCCCAAUGCAACAGCAUCCACGCAAGGCUCCGCUAAUCACGCCAGCAAUCAGCACCAGCACAGCAAUCCCUUGCAUAGCGCCAGUGGUAGUGUUGGUGCUAGCACUGGCACCACUAAUCAGGCCAAUGGCAAUCAUGCAGGGGCUGCGGCUGCCAAAGAUCCCAAUAAUGCCAAUAAAGACAUAACCGAAUUCCCCUGCAAGGUGUGCGGCAAAGUAUUCAGUAAAAUCAAAAGUCGUAGUGCCCACAUGAAGACCCAUCGUGUUACGGACAAUGAAACCUCGGUACAAAUUGCUAAUAAUCAAAAUCAAGCCCUGCAACAGCAACAGCACCAUAAUCAACAGCAACAACAACAGUCAAUACAACCAUAACAGAGAUUUCAAUAGAAAUACAACAAAAAUCAAAUGCAAACUGCAACAAGAGUAGCAGCAAAAAUACAAAUACAAAGUCAAGAAAAUUCAGAAUUCCUAACAAUUAACAAAGAACAACCACAACAGAAAAAUCAUAAAGAAAAAAAAUAUAUUAAACCCAAAUACAUUGUGUAGCAAAAGUUAAAUGACAAUCGCCAUUGAAAAGAGAAAAACACAAACCACAACAACACUCAAACUAAAUUAAACCCAACACAUUUAUUACUAUUAAAUACAUUUUAGUAUUCUACUAAUUUAUUUUGUUGAAACUCUUCACAAGAAUGGCAAGCAAAUAAUUUAAAAUAAAAAAAAAAACUGGAAAUCCACUGAGAGAUUAACAAACAAUUUUAAUAUUGUUAAUAUCUGUAAGUCAGCAUUUCGGAAAUCGUCUUCACAUCGAUUACUUAAACCAAACAGCUCCAAAUACAAAAAAAAAAGAAUAUCAAUAAAUGACAUUUAAAAACUCAAACAAAUAAAAACCAAAUGAAUUAGCCUAAAUUUUUUAGUUAAAAACAAUAAUUAAGUAGUUCUAUAACAUGAUAUUAGGCACGAAUCGUUUCUUCUUAAGUUCUAUUUAAUUUUCUCUGGUCACUUUAAAUGUUCUGCUAUUUCUAAUUUAUUUAUGUUAAAUAUACUUACAAGUGAUAAAGAGUGAGAUAUAAUUACACAUACACACACACAUACACAUACAUCUACAUAUAUUGAAAGUAAAACUUAUUUAAAGAAUUAAAACACAAUGUUUUUCAUUUCUAUAUAAGCUUAAUUAUGGAAAAAUAAAAAAAAUAAUAUAUGUUUUUUUUUAAUAUUUUCAAAUCCUCCUAAUAGUUAUGUAUGUAUUUACAAUAUCUAUCUAGCUUUUUCAAUUGAUUUCUAUAAUUGUUGUUUCAUGUUUUUAUUCUUAUAUUUAUUAUGAAAGUGACUUAAUUCUUAAUUAUCUUCCAUUUGUAUGUUUGUAUAUAGAAUUGUUAAGUCUUAGAUUAUCAACACUUACAAUGCCAAAAAGACACUUUAUUUUUCUUGAAUCUUCAAGAACAAUCAACCAAACACAAAACAAUAAUCAAAGAAAAACAGAUAAGAGAGGUUUAUUUAACAAAAAUAUAGUUUAAGUUUAGUUGUAUCUACUACAUCAUGUGCCAAAGAUUACUGGUCCUAGGUCAUAACGGUGAGAGUCUAUUUCAAUGUUUUGUAAUGUUAAUUUAGUUUCUUUACUUUUCUUCUUCCAAAAGGUUUGCGAAAAAUUCUAAAACUUAUGCUCUAGUUAAAACAAGGGCUGAGAAAAUAUUGCUUGCCCAAAAACAAAUAUUCUGUCUUCUAUUAGGACAAAUUAUUCCGAUCCCAAUUAAAGUAAAGUAAGUAAAUACAUAGAAGGGUUUGAAUUCCCCUGUGAAAGCGUGAAUACAUUAAGUAAACAAAUGUUUAGUUAGAAAUGAAGUGAAACCAUUAGAUCACAAGAAUAGCUAAAUCCAUUAGAGCACAACGAUAGCUUAUAUGAAUAUGUCAAUUGGGUAGUUAUCAUAGAUUAAUCUAUUUAAUCAAUUUUUCAAGGAUUUUCAAGUUAUUUAUUUUUUUUGUUUUCUCAUCUCUGAUCAUAUCUUUUUCAUGUCGCACAUUUUUCGUUUGUUUAUCAUAUCGUGCCCAAACUGCCAAAAAGACGUAAGUACCAAAUUUUGACAUUUUCAGUUUUUAAUGGGAAUUGAUAAUUUACGACCGUUUCCACCUUCGGCUUGUACGGCUAUAAUUCAAGCCGUUAUGAUUUUACAACAAAAACUAUUUUGAUGUAAAUGUUAUUUUAAUUUUGGUUACUAAAUUCAGUGACAGCAAAAGGCACUUACAUUAUUAUCGCUGGACACAAGUACUCAAACAAAUUAGGCAAAUGCAAAUUUUACCCAUGAACAUUCCACUAAGGAACAGGGGCAAACUUCUCACAAAUCAAUGAGUGCAGUCCGAUUCAAGUUUAAGCUCAAUGAUAAGGGGCCUCAUUUUUAUAGCCGUCUAUAGAGUCCGAACGGCGUGCCGCAGUACGACACCUCUUUGGAGAGAAGUUUUACAUGGCACAAUACCCCACAAAUGUUGCCAGAAUUAGGAGGGGAAAACCACCGCUGAAAAUUUUUUCUGAUGUUCUCGCCAGGAUUCGAACCCAGGCGUUCAACGUCAUAGGCAAAAAAUAUGUAAGUUAUAAUACUAAAAUGUAUUAUAUUUGGAAGUGAAAUACGAUCGAAUGAUUAAAAGUAGGGAUAGGUAUCUGAGGGGCGCACUACCCUCACAGAAACCGCCAAAGGGAUAUAUUGUCCGAUCGGGAGAAUAUUGGACUAAAAAUGCGAAUCUUAUAUUCAAAUUUGGGGUCACCAAUAAACCCAUAUUGGUCAUCCGUGAUAAUAUGGAACGCAAAUAAAAAGUUUUUGAAAGUAUAGUGCGAAGGUCAUAUCCAAAUUUGGGCACACCCAAAGAAACUCCCCAAGAUGAAAUUAUGGGUCGAUUGAAAAAUAUUGGAUUUUACUUAAACUACUUUGGGAAAAGAUUAGGGAUUUGAUAUUCUGGGACGAAAGAAGCUGAGCGGCCGAAAAGGAGUGGAACUAGAGGGACUGCUCAAAUUAAGCCAUUUAACAAACAAUAUCCGGUCUUGAUAAAAAAAUAAAAUAUUCGACACGUGGCAGCAAACAUACUAAUUGCGGUUUAAUUGGUAACUUGAAAGAAUAUAUUGGGCAACUAGAAGAUAUUUUCUAUUCGUAUAUUUAGGUAGUCAAACCUACAAAAUUUCACUUUUUUAACGGAUACAGGUACAACUUUACAAUAUAUAUUGGGCGACCAAACGAAUUUUUCAAAAUCGUGCAAUAAGGUAUUAAAACGUAUAAAAUGGUGAAUUCUUUACGAAUUGGGCUAAAGCACUCAAAAUUAGGUUACGAGUAAACCUUAACAGUAUAUAAUGGUCGGUUCGAAGAAGUGUUGUUAAUUCAUUCAUUUAGGUACUAAACAUACAAAAUGGUACCUUUUUACUCGGUGAUCUUAAGCUCUUAAAAUUAAUGAGACAUUUUGAGCGAACAGAAUAUUUUUUUUUAAA